CUUGGCUGGUGCCCUCACUGAGUGUUUCGUACGCGAUUCUGGCAUGGACCCGAAAGCCAAAUCUUCCAAGUCUCGUUAUUAUCUUCAUUACUGCCUCUUCAGUUGGAUCUCGGGUGGGACGUCUUGGUUUCCUCCUUCCCUGCUUCCCCCGCGUAAACAGAAGAAAACUGGUCUGUGAAGCUGCAGCUUAGUAGUAUUAAACGCUUUCAGAUUCUCAGCUAAAGUAGUACUAGAAAGAUAACAUGAUUAUAAUUAUUAAGAUUAAGGCCCUUGAACAAACAGCCUGGCUAAUCACAGUGGCUCUUCCCUGCAAGCUCUUUACACGACAGUCGCAAAGGGGAUUGAUUAGAGGCCUGGUAAAUCAUUUUCUGCUGACUGGCUUCUCAGUGCAAUGCAAUAACAAAACAAUGGCUUAUGCCUGAAACUUACUCCAGUAUUCAGCCUGCUGGGUGCUGCUCUGGCUGAAUCAAUGCUGAUUAGUGCACUCAGCAGCAAAACUUUUUGCAGUCCGGAGGCAAAAUUCAGAAAAGAAUCCCAAAUCGGCCCAGUGAGUUGUCUUUGACUGCGCACGAGAUUAAGAUUUCAUGUCUCUUGGUAACUGUGAGAUGUUUCUAGAUUUUGACUUCUCCUUUUUUGCAGUCAGGACUGAGGAAGUGGCCAAUCAUUGACUCCGUGACCCUGCAGUUGGUUUGCAGGGGGCCGAAACAGUUAGUCCUCUGUGUUCUCUGUGGUGUGUGUCCAGGAUGUCAUCACCAUGCUGUACCUCUGCUGUGCUGGUAGUCUUUAUGGCCCUUGCUGUGGGUGUGGGGGCUGAACAGUCGAAAGAGAGGAGCUGUGAUGUGGUUGGUGAUGAGAGCAGCGAGUCUCAAAUGGAAAGAGCCCUGCUGAAGAAACUGGAACCCCUGAGCCAGAUAAGGUUUAACGUGACUGUGGAGGAAGGCAAAACAGAAAACUACGUCUACCAUUUCAGGGUGUGCAGGGAGGUCAACAGCACCUUGCAUGAUUUUGGUGGCCUGGUGCAAACAGAUAGACAGAAUGGGAAGACCACAGUGAUAGGAAGAAUCAAUGAAACCCAGGUCUUCAAUGGAAGUGACUGGAUCAUGUUGAUUUAUAAAGGAGGUGAUUCAUAUGGAAGGCACUGCAGUGGUGAGAAGAGAAGAGCUGUGAUAAUGAUUUCUUGCAAGCGGGGAGUUACAGCGAGUUCAUUCAGCAUUGUUUUGGAGGAGCGGGAAAAGGAGCAGGACUGUUUCUACCUCUUUGAGAUGGACAGCAGUGUGGCUUGUCCAGCUGAGGAUUCCCGCCUCAGCGUUGGCUCCAUUCUGCUGAUCACGUUUGCUUCGCUGAUUGCAGUCUACAUCAUUGGUGGGUUCCUCUACCAGCGCCUUGUAGUGGGAGCAAAGGGCAUGGAACAAUUUCCUCACUUUGCCUUCUGGCAAGAUGUGGGCAAUUUGGUCGCGGAUGGCUGUGACUUUGUCUGCCGAUCUAAGCCUCGAAAUGCGCCAGCUGCGUACCGUGGCGUGGGUGAUGACCAGCUGGGUGAGGAGUCAGAAGAACGGGAUGACCAUUUGCUACCGAUGUGACAGGCUUUCAGCAUGGAGUUCUUUUCUCUCCAUCUCCCCAGCUGCUUGUUUAGCUGGGUGCCUCCCAGCCAGUUCUCCUUCUCUCACUUCUGAUUUUCUUUACACUAUUUGCUUUCGCUGUCCCUGGUGUGUCAAUUCCCAUGGAUGCCUCUGGGUGUGAACAGCACUGGUCCCUGAAGGCACGUCUUAUGAAUAUAGUGCUGGUUUAGCUUUUCAAAAAUGCAGCAGAGCCGGGGGGGUGGGGUGGAGAAAGUGCUGAGGGCUGAGUAGAAGGCAGCAAGAAAGCAGUAUGAGCGUUCAGCACUGAGCAGGAACGGGAGGUCAAUCACUGAGAGGAAAAAAGGGCCAUGGGUGGGUGCAGAAAGGGGAAGGAAAAAUGAGGCAGUGGGUUAAAACAGCUGAGACUGUAGGAGGGAUCUUUUGUGGUUUUUUUUUUUUCCUUUUUUCCUGGGGUUUACAGGAUCUGUAAGACACUGGAAUUAUUUUUCUUUGAAUGCAUCUUCAGCUUUUUGAGCUUCAGCACUGUUAUGCGCUGUUUCUGCCAGCAUAUCCUGCCCAGAGUGCUCUAUGCCAGACUCCGGGGGGGUGGAAGAGGCAUUAGCACCUCUGCAGUCUUUUCUUUUCCUAAUGGCAAUAUGUUGAAGAGUGCACACUGGCUUCCUUCAACAGAUGCAAAGGGAUGCAUGCCAUCCUCUCAGACUGGAGAGGGGGAAUGCUACAAAAACCAUAGGCGUUAAGUACAGUCUUGUGACUUUCCAGUUCAUUCAAAAUAUUUUUUCAGUCUUCUCAAUCAUUGAGAAGCAAAAGCUGCUAAGUAAAGGGAACAUUUGCUGAAACAGAAACUGACAUCAAGGCAAAACGAGACAGGUAGCUGUCACUUGAGUUCGAUUACAAGCUUCCCCAGGUGACUGCCCACACAGCUCAGUCACCGUCAGUGUUGUGAUUUUGCACUUUCCAAAAGUUCCUUGUUUGGCAGGAGGCUUUCCCGUGAAGCUACCAGAAUUUAUUUUUAUUAAAAAGGGGACCACAGAAGCCAAGGACAAGAAUGCUAACAUGUUAAAAACCACAUAAAGCACUGCUGUGCUUUCAAGGUCAGCUUUCAUAAACCACUGUCCCCUUAGGCAUGGUGCAGACCUGUCUUAAGAUACUUGCCCUGUGCAGCUGGUACUUGCAUGCUGCUACUGGCUGGGAGUGAGAGAGACCUUUUCCUGGGGCCCUGGUGAAAAGCAGGUACAGCUGAGUGGUAAGACUUGAGUGGAACCUUCAGGAACUUGGCUUUUUAUGUGAGGGGCUAGACUCUGAGCAAUCCCAUUCUGCCCUGUUGUAGACUGGCAAAGAACUGCCUUCAGUCUUGAGGGCAGAGAAUGUGAAUAAGCCACUGCUGCUAGUGGCAGAGUACAGACAAGAUUCCUGUAUUGUUAAUAUUACCACAGCAGUCUGAUUGGUGACAUUGAGGGACAAGGGGCAGCCCUGCUUUCUUGCUGGGUUUAGAGUGGGCAAAUGGUUCCUGCUUUCUUUGACUUUUUGUUACAGUCUCGAUCUUUCUCACAACAUGGGAAAAA